AUGGUUGAACCGGAUUCAGUUGCUGACAAACGUCGUAUUUAUAAAAUUGUUCUUACUGGUGGUCCAUGCGGCGGGAAAACCACCGGACAAGAGCGUCUUCGGACAUUUUUUGAAGAAAUUGGUUGGAAAGUAUAUACUGUGCCGGAAACAGCUAAUAUAUUACUUGGUGGUGGUGUGAAAUUUAGCGAAUUAUCAACGGAACAACUCUACAAAUUUCAGAAGGAUCUGUUAUUAACUUUGCUGAGAAUUGAAAUGGUUUUCUUUAAUCAAGCCAAUGCAUCAACUCAUGAACGCAUCUUAAUCAUAUGUGAUCGUGGAGCCAUGGAUCCGGCAGCAUACAUCGACAAGGAUUCUUGGAAUCAAAUGUUAAAGGAAGUUAAUUUGGAUCAGUUCAGUCUACGGGAAAACAGAUACGAUCAAGUUUUGCAUAUGACGACAGCAGCAGAUGGUGCUGAGGAAUAUUAUACUUUGGCAAAUAGUAAUGUAAGAAUGGAAACGCUUGAGCAAGCUAUAGAGCAAGAUCGACUUACCCGAGAUGCUUGGCUUGGACAUCCACGCGUUGACGUAAUCGAAAACGUCGGAUGCAAAUCAUUUGAUGACAAAAUACUGAAACUAAUUGCUGCCAUAUGCAAUCGGAUGGAUAUUCCUACUCAAGAUCGAUUGUCCUUCAAUAGCAAGAAAAGAAAGUGGCUUGUUACAUCGUUUGAUGAAAAGCGUUUGCCACGUUGUGAGGUGUUCCUUAUGCGGCACAAUUAUUUAUGUACCGAAGAUCCGAAUAUUCAAGUUCGAUUACGUUCACGAAGUCAGCGUGGCCGCACAACAUAUGCUAUAACAACGCGACGCUAUACUGGUCCAGAGCCAGUGGAAACUCGUAUGCAGCUGAAUUACCGAGAAUAUAUCAGUUAUAUUAAAAUGGAAGAUCGUUCGAGAGCACCGAUCAAUAAGGAACGAAGAUGCUUCAUGUACGGCAAACAGGCAUGUUCUUGUUAUUAUCAUUUGGAUAUAUAUACUUCACCAUUGCCGCCAUCAUGCGAGGGAAAACCAUUAAUGUUGUUGGAAACAUACACAACGGCUUCAGUCGGUGAUAUUAAUGAACCAUUAUUACCUGAUUUUAUGACUAUUUCAAAAGAAAUAACAGGUGAUCCGGCAUACAGUAUGUAUACAAUUGCCAAUUUAAAUGCUAAAGCGACUAAAAAAAACUAA